UGUGCAGGUUUAACUGGAGUGUUUCUGUUGAGCUGGAGAGCAGAAAGCUGUGAUUUCUCUUCAUCCCUGAGUUCCUCUACCUGCCAGAGGAUAUGAAGUUGCUCUCCCGUGGGAUGUGAGUGAUGAGCUCAGCUUUGUGACACCACACUGGAGCUGCUCUUUCCUUUUUUUCCCUAGCACUGAAUCCUCUUUACAGGGUGGUUGGGAGGGGCUGUUUGUGCUGUUAAGGAAGGAAAACGCAGAGAGAGGAGGAGAAUCCACGUUCCCGAGGGAGAUCAGGAAUCACUUGCAUCUGAAGCAGGAACUGAAGGAAAAACUCUAAUCCUUCUGGAGGACUCCUCAGCCUUUUGUGUGGACAAACAGCAGAGCGUGACCUGGUUGAUGGCUCAGCGGGUGCUGGUCAUCGGCAGUGGGGGCAGAGAACACGCCCUGGCCUGGAAGUUGGCCCAGUCCCCGCACAUCAAACAUGUGUUUGUGGCUCCAGGAAAUGCAGGAACGGCCGACAAUGGAAAAAUUUCCAAUUCAGCUGUCUUGGUGAGCAAUCACACAAUUGUUACCCAGUUCUGCAAAGAUCACAACAUUGGCCUUGUGUUAGUUGGAGAGGAAGCUCUGUUGGCAGCUGGGAUUGUUGAUGACUUGAGGGCAGCAGGAGUUCGGUGUUUUGGCCCGUCUGCCAAGGCAGCCCAGCUGGCAUCCAACACCAGCCUCACUAAAGCCUUUCUGGAUCGACACGGGAUCCCAACAGCACGAUGGAAAGCCUUCAGCAACGCCCAGGAAGCCUGUAGGUUUAUCAUCAGCACGGACUUCCCUGCGCGAGUGGUGCGGGCGAGGGGCCCUGCGGCCAGGAAGGAGGUGACCAUCACAGCCAGCAAGGAGGAGGCCUGCAGAGCUGCCCAGGAGAUCAUGCAGGACAGAAUGUUUGGAGAGAUGGUUGUUAUUGAAGAACUUCUUCAAGGGGAAGAACUUUCUUGCUCGUGUUUCACGGACGGUGUCACCAUCGCUCCCAUGCCCCCGGCCCAGGCCCACAAGCGGUUGCUGGAUGGGGACCAGGGCCCCAACACUGGAGGGAUGGGAGCCUAUUGUCCAGUCCCUCAGGUUCCAGAAGUUCUUCUGGAGCAGAUCAGGGCUGCAAUCCUCCAGCACGUUGUUGAUAGUAUGAGACAAGAAGGAACAGCCUAUGUGGGUGUGCUGCAAACCAGUUUAAUGCUGACCAAAGAGGGGGUGAAGAUUUUAAACUUCAAGUGUCAGUUUGGGGAUCCCCAGUGCCAGGUGAUUCUUCCUCUGCUUAAAAGUGAUUUUUAUGAGGUGAUUCAAGCGACGAUUGAUGGCAAACUCUGCAGCUUCCUGCCAGCCUGGUGCGAGAGCAGCACGGCCGUGUGUGUGGUCAUGGCCAGCGCGGGAUAUCCGGGGCACUGCGACAGAGGCCUGGAGGUGACAGGGCUGCUGCAGGCCAAGGCCUUGGGGCUGCAGGUGUUCCAUGGUGGCACGGCGCUGAGGGAUGGCAGGGUGGUGACCAGUGGUGGCAGAGUGCUCUCCAUCACCGCUGUCCGGGAGGACCUGCUGGAAGCCCUGGGAGAAGCCAACAGGGGUGUGGCCACCAUCCACUUCCAGGGAGCCACGUACAGGAGGGACGUCGGCCAGCGGGGCCUGCGGCUGCUCCGACAGCCUCUGGCCCUGAUGUACAGAGAGAGACGUGUGGAAGCCGCAGCCAGGGACGUUCUGUUUCAUCUGCCACAAACAUCAGUUGGGAGUGGUACCAGAUCAGGCAGUCGCCCAGAACUGGGAGGCUUUGCUGGUUUCUUUGACUUGAAGGCAUCUGGUUAUGAGGAUCCCAUCCUGGUGUGUCAAACUAAAGGCCUUGGAGCUAAACUGCAGAUGGCACAGGCCUGCAGGAGACACUCCACCCUGGGGCAGGACCUGGUGGCCCUGUGUGCCAAUGCCCUCCUGGCCCACGGAGCAGAGCCCCUCUUCUUCCUCAGUUAUUUUGCCUGUGGCAAACUUGAUGCUGAAGUGACUGAGACGAUCCAAGAAGGAAUAGCUGAAGCCUGCAGGAGUGCAGGAUGUGCUUUCCUGGGGCAGGCGCUGUCGGAGCUGCCGGGCGCGUGUUCCGCGGGGGACUCGGACCUGGCCGGCUUCGUGGUGGGCGCGGUGGAGCGAGGGCAGGUGCCCCUGGGGCUGCAGAGAGCCGAGGAGGGGGAUGUGCUCCUGGGACUGGCCUGCCCUGGGAUCCACGGCCGCGGCUUCGGCGCCGUCCGGAAGGUUCUGCUCGUGUCCUCCCUGCGCUGCUCGUCCCCCGCCCCUGGCAGCUGUGGGGACACCACGCUGGGAGAGGCCCUGCUGAGCCCAGCCAGGCUGUACAGCCCAGCCCUGCUGCCUGUGCUGCGCUCGGGCCACGUGAAGGCCUUUGCCCCCAUUGCUGAGGGGCUGCUGGGAGGCAUCUCCAGGGUCCUGCCGGAGCACGUCAGCGCCGUGCUGGACGCUCUGAGCUGGAAGAUCCCUGAAAUCUUCUGCUGGCUUUACAAGGAGGGGAACCUCUCUGCAGAGGAGAUGGCCCAGACCUUUCCCUGUGGGCUCGGGGCAGUGCUGGUGGUGCAGCAGGACCUGGCCCAGCACGUCCUGGGGGCCAUCCGGAGGCGGGAGGACGCGUGGCUCAUUGGGAAGGUGGUGGCCCCGUGUCACACAGGAGGUUCCCACGUGGAAGUGGAGAACCUGGUGGAGGCCCUGCAGCAGAGCAGCCCCCAGGGCCUGCUGGGUGACACCGCCGUGGAACCUCGGCACCAGCCCAGGAGGAGGAAGGUGAAGGUGGCAGUUCUAGUCUCUGGAACAGGAGAGUCCACAGACCUUCUGAAGCCAGGCUUGCACUUUGACCAGAGCCCAGGAGGCACGGCCCUCUCGGCGCUCAUCGCUUACACCAGGGAGCCAGGCAGCUGUGCCCAGGUCGUCCUUGUCAUCUCCAACAAGUCUGGCGUGGAAGAACUCCGGAAUGCAGCCCGGGCUGGAAUUCCCACCAGGGUGAUUGACCACAAGCUGUACGGGAGUCGCUCGGAAUUCGACAGCACAAUCGACCGAGUGCUGGAGGAGUUCUCUGUGGAGCUGGUCUGUCUGUCAGGGUUUAUGAGGGUUUUGUCCAGCCCUUUUCUCCGAAAAUGGAAAGGGAAAAUUUUGAAUGCUUCUCCCUCACUUUUUCCACUCACCAAGGAUGGAAAUGCCUCUCAGGAGCCCCCCCAAGGUGGAUUCAAGGUCACAGGCUGCACCGUGCAUUUUGUCCUGGAGGACUCCGGCCCCAGGGCCGUGAUCCACCGGGAGCCCAUCGCUGUGCGGGCGGAGGACACGGAGCAGGCGCUGGCGGAGCGGGUGAAGGAGGCCGAGUGCCGCGCCUUCCCCGUGGCCCUGCAGCUCGUGGCCAGCGGGGCCGUGAGCCUGGGAGCUGAUGGAAGAACCUCCUGGAAGCAGGAGAGCCAAAGUCUGGGACUGCACGGGGAGAAGGGAGACUGCACGUUCUCCCUCGUGGCUCCGGAGCCUCCGGAACACGACGGGGAGUAGGUGGGUAACGAGGGGCUCUUUGUGCUCACCUUCCCUCCCCCUGCUCCUCCCUGUGCUUCUCUCCCAUGUGUCCAUGUCUCAGGUUUCCACUCCCAGCCUUUUCCCUCAGCUCACAGCUUUCCUUACACUCCUCUCAGAAAACCAGCAGUGGAAGCCAAGCUGUGCUUUCAGAUUUGGAAUUUCUGGGUUCUGUUCUUUGGUCUGUGAAGGACAUGACGAGUCCCAGGGACGGCUCCGGCUGCGGAACUGCUCCGGUGCUCCCAAGGGAAAGUCUUUCUUCCAAGGGAUCCGUUUUUGUGGCUGCAGCACACGGCAGAGCCCUGGGAGCUUCCCAAAACAACCCCAGACAG